AUGCGCUGGGAACGCCGACGUCCGCGUCUGCUGCCGAAGUGCCCCCGCCUCGCUGCCUUUCUCCUUGCGUCCUUUGUCGUCGUCGUCGUCGUCGUCCCCGUCCGUCUUCUCCUUUCGUUCUCCAUUCUAUCAUCCUCUUCAGCGCCAUCUCCGUAUUCUCGUUUGCCUCCUUACGCGUCUCAAUCUCUCUUACACACCGCACCCACUCGCAACCACCGCCGACAUCGAGCAGGACGGAACCGCCCGAACGGAGUGAUCGCGCUUCUCUCCCUCCACUCCCACCCUUGCCCUCGCCUACUCCCAUUCCAGUCCACCUACCCCGUCCGCAUACCCCGUCGACAUUUUGUUUCGCGACGAGUAGGCCGCCGACCGGAGAUAGACGACUUCGAAAAGCUAUCACCACUUCCUCCCAGCACUUGUCGUCACCAUCCUCCCUCCGCACCUUCUCUUCCCCCUCCCAGCAACUGCAACGACUACCAGAUCAAAUCAGGCAAACCUGAGCAGCUGAGCAGUGCGCGCUUCCAUAUCUCUCAUCUACGCACCUGUCCUCCCCACGCUCCGUCAUCACCUCCCAUCUUCUCUUCUACUGCCUCAGAGUCGGCUGUGGCGAUGCGCGCCCACACAAAAGGGCUAGAAGCGCUAGUUACAGCUCUGUCACAACCUUCAUUCGCUUCUCCAUACUCCAGACCGCCCACGCCAUCCGGCUCCCACUCUCAACUGCACCAACGUCUGCCGCGUCUACGCUCGCGCCUUCCCUCCACGUCCACCACCACUUCCAACGUUUUAUCCAGUCCACAGCGCGAUUUCAGGCAGUAUGGAGGCCAUGAGUAUUUCUCCGGCGGAAAAUUUCUGUACGAGCAAAAGCAGAGAGAGAUCUCAAAGUACACGGCCAUCGCCCUCCGCAUCAAGAAAUCCAGCACGUACGAUGAGCUCAACUCUGCUGUUCUAAACAAGGCGCACGCCAACUUGAUCACAAUGAUGAGGGCAAUCAUCUCAGACGAGAACCACAAGAUCAUAGAAAUGGACGCUCAGCUGGCGAAAAACGCCGCGCAAUGCAAUGCCUUGGAAUUCUCCAUCGAGUUGACCCGCCAGCAGGUCUUCAACGCGGAGAGAACGUUCGAAUCAAUCACAAUGCCCCUGUUUGCUGCCAUCGCGGCCUUCUGCCCCAAGAGCCAACAGCGCACCAAUCUUCCGUUUCCACUCCCUGUUUUCCACUCCCUGUUGUCGAAAACCAGCCAUUGUCGACAACCGUCAUCCACGUCUCAGCAACCGGACCGACGGCCGACGACAUUACAGUCCAUCAUCCACAUCCGUCCUCGCUGCAUACCAUUCUCAAACUCGCAGAAGACAUGGAGGAGCUGA